CAAAACCAAUGUAACACAAGUUGCUAUAUAAUGGAGUGUGACUCUUGAAAACCAAAAUCAAGAGUGGCGAGAGGUUCACAAAAAAGAAAAAUCAAUUUUCAUCUUCAUAAAAUUUUCAAGAACUUCUAAGAUUUGUGCUGUGUUUUAAUUUUGUUCUAUUUUAAUUUCCCCUUCUCCAACACCCCCGCUUCUCUGAAUCCCUUUCUGUUAAUCAUCUGUCUUUCAACUUAUGAUUUUUGGGUUUGUCUUUUAAUUAAUCAAAAAGUAACAAACUUAGAACAAUUUUUCGAAAGCAGGUGUUUUCAGAAUCGAGAUCCAGGUUUAAUUUUACAUAUCUUGUAAAUUUUUAUCUUUUAAAUUAGCCAUAGCCACAAGGGUUAUUUUUGAUACCUUAAGGCUCUUUUUUAAUUUUCUUGAUCAAGGAUUGAAAGGAUUGUCUAUUUAAAAUCCCUUCCAUAUCCUUUGUUUUUUUUUUUUUGUGGUUUUAAUUUUUAAUUAAUUAAUUAAUUAACCUGUUCUUCAAUUUUAGUAAGAUUCAGGUAUAAUUUUUCAGAAUCAAAUUAUGGCAGCUAUGAUGGAUUUUUACAGUAACACACAGUUUCAUAACUCAGAUCCAUUUAGAGGUGAAUUAAUGGAAGUUCUUGAACCUUUUAUCAAAAGUCCUUCAGUUUCAACCUCAACCUCAACCUCAACACAAUCACCCUCAUAUUCUUCUCCUUUUCUACCUUCUAUCUCUUCUCUUCCUCCUCUUUAUACUGAUGGUUGUUAUAGCCAAAACUUCGUAGGCUUUACUCAACCAUCUUCAACUUCUUCUUCUCUUCUUGGUCUUAAUCACUUAACCCCAUCUCAAAUCAACCAGAUCCAAGCUCAAAUCCAACAACAAAACUUUACCUUACUGCAACAGCAACAGCAACAUCAACAACAACAACAACAACGUCUUGGUAAUACUCUGAGUUUUCUCAGUCCAAAACCGAUCUCUAUGAAGCAAGUGGGUAAUAAUCUUUCAAAACCCACGAAGCUAUACAGAGGGGUGAGGCAAAGGCACUGGGGAAAAUGGGUUGCUGAGAUAAGACUACCAAAGAAUCGUACUAGGCUUUGGCUUGGUACUUUUGAUACAGCUGAAGAAGCUGCUUUGGCUUAUGAUAAAGCUGCUUAUAAGCUUCGUGGUGACUUUGCUAGGCUUAAUUUCCCAAAUCUUAAACACCAAGGUUCUUCUAUUGGUUGUGAGUUUGGUGAGUUUAAGCCUCUUCCUUCUUCUGUUGAUGCUAAACUUCAAGCUAUUUGUGAAGGUUUAGCUGAGAUGCAGAAACAGGGGAAGACAAAGACAGAGAAACCUAAGAAAACACCUGCAGCGAGGUCUAAAGUUAAGGCGGCGACGACAGCGGCUUCUUCGUCGGAGACAGUGACUGUGGUUGAGGAUUCUGUUGUUGAUUUGAAGAAGGGUGGUUCAGAGGGUUGUUGUAAGGUCGAAGUUUCGUCUUCUCCGGUGAGUGAAGGUGGUUCUUCUGAAGGAUCUUCACCACUUUCGGAUCUUACUUUUGGUGAUGUUGGUGAGCCACAGUGGGAGGGUGAUUUAGAUAAUUUUAAUUUGCUAAAAUACCCCUCUUAUGAGAUUGAUUGGGAUUCUCUGUGAAAUCUGUGUUGGUUGCUAGUUAUUAGUUAUUAGUUAUUAUUAUUACUAGUCAGUGUCCUCAUAUGUAAUUUUUUUUUAAUUUUCUAGUUAAGGGUAUCAUCUCAUGCAUUAUUAUGUAAUUAGGUUUUAGUUUCUUAGUUGUGGCUACUGCAAUGGAGUUUUUGACAAUUGCAGUGCUACUUAUAGGAUAUUAUUGUAAAAUCUCUUCUUACCUUGGUUCACAGCUGGUUUUUUUCUUGCUUGGACUGGGAGAAGAAUCUAGUUAUGUUUUUUAAUGUUCAUAUUAGUAGAGAUGUAAUCUACAUGCAUUUCAUUUUAUGAAAUUCUAUUCUGUUUUAAGUUUA